GCCUGUCAGUGAAGGCGGGAGGACGAGAAGGCAAACUUUUGAUGGACGUGAACGAGCUUUAUUUACAUCGCGGGAACAACAGCAGUGCCAUUUAUGUUUAUCAACAGGUGACUCCAAACAGUACUCGAGCUAGUAUGUGUUAUUAUUCCUAAAUAAGUUCCUCAGCAUUCAGUGUUAGUGCCCGUGCUAUUUUGAAGCUCAGUGCGGUUAGAAGCUCUCCAAGUUGCUAAGCUAACGUCAACUUUAGAGCCGGUUUCCUUCUGGACUUGUUCAGUGGAAUGGCCCCCAGAAAACCAAAGGGAAGCGAUGCCAGCCUUCCUUUCGCUGCUCUCCAGCUGCUUGCCCCGCCUGUGCGUCUGGUGUCUGCAGCCCUGUGGAAGGUGCUGAAGCGGAGGGAUGUGAUGCAGUAUGGGGUUGUGGAGGAGUUCGUGACAUCUUCCUGUGAGGCUGUGCCUGGGUUGCUCACUGUGAGACACCAGGGCAGGCUGACAGUGGGGCUGAGAGCAAGAUUGAUCUUGGAGCUGUGCAGUUCACAGCCUGAUGCUGAGGUGAUUGAGGAACACCUGGAAAGAGUCCGUGUACCUGCUGGAACUUCUUCAAGUAAGGAUGUAAAACUAAUGAGAACAGUGAGAGAUUUCCAUUCUUUGAUUCACACGUUCCUCACAGACCCAGCGAUUAGAGAAAAGUUCUACAAAGAAGUGUUUCCUGUGGAUUACGGAGCAACGUUUGACCAGGAGCUGGAGAAGCUGCUGUGGGAGUUUUUGGUUCGACUGGACCAGCUGCUUCCUGUUCCCAACCUAGUACAGACUGCAGCGUGGCUCAGUGACGCCCCCCCUGUCCUGGAGGAGUGUGCACGGGCAGCCACGCAGCCCCAGCUCCUGAAGAUUUUACUUCAGCAUGAAACCUGCCUUGGCCACCUGGAGUCAGCAGCGUCACUACCUCCGAAUAUGGGAGACUCCAUCCUGGCUUCACUCUCUCUGCCACCAUCGGGAAGAGUCCCAUCAGAUCAGCCGACAGCAGCCAGGAAGUUGUCAGUGGCUGAAUCUGAGGGCGCCGAGCCAAAAAGCAAACCUUCAUUUAUCGCACCUGUUAUUGGACUAAUAUCGAAUGAAGACGUCCCGGUCUUGAACUCUGGCAUUAAAAGAACACAGAGAAGUGAUGGUCCAGCUGACAAUGCUGGACAUGAGCAGCUGAACUCCAAAUUCACCUCAGUGAAACAGAGGCCAAAAGCCAAAGAUAAAGGAGCGAAAGAAGGGCGAGAGCAGCUGGAGGAGGAGGAGGGAUGCACCCUAAGUCAAAGGAGUGGGGUGAAGCGCAAGAACUCUGACAGAGGAGAAAGCGAUUUGGAGGAGGAAGAAGUUCUAAGUGUAACAACACCCGUGGAAAAGAGACUGAGCGGGCAGACGCAGAGUAAAGGUGACCAGAGGAGGAAGGAAGGCCGAGCAGAAACUAUAAGAAAAGAGGGAUGCAGCAGGGAAGUCCUGGCAGCCCGGAUGAGAAAGCUAGGUGUUAAAACACUAUAUCACCCUGAAGAUCAACACCUCUACUCUGUUUUUGUCGAUUGUCUGAUCAUGGAGCCCAGGGUUGUCAUCGAAGAAAUGUCAGCUGCUUCUCUCAGGGCUAGUACAUCUGGGCCAGAGGAAACAUCCUCUUACCAGGCACAAAACAAGCAGAGGAGGAAGUCACCGGCCACAACGUCAACGCAGAGACAGACAAGCAGCCAUCUGUCGUCUGACACAGAGUCUCCCGGCUCGCAAGACAAAGAAAACCAUCCUGCACUACACAGCACGAGAAGCUCUCCCUCUCAGCAGCAGAGUGACACAGAGGUGCUGGCCGGUGCAGAAGAUGACGACUACGUGGCUGAUUCAGAGGAUGAGGCGACGAAGAACUUCAAAGUCAGGCUGUUUAUGAAACGCUACUACAAGACCAAACACGGCACCUACGUGCCCACCCUGAGGGAGUUUUGGAAACCUGCGAUGACCCGGCGCCACUUAUUGUCUGCUGGACACAAACGGAGGUGAUGAAAUGAUUUUUGUCCUCCACCGGCAACAUGGUCGGAAAGAAUAACACGUUUUUAAAUGCUAUUGAGACUGAUGGACACUUUUAUCUUCCAUUUGCUUGAAAUAAACCUGACUCAGGGCGAUUAAAACUUGAACAGGUGCUUUGACAUCGUGGAUAAACGUAGCCACGGUUACAGGCAGUGUCAUACAGCUUUUUUAAGUCAUUUAAAUUGCAUUUUUUUAAAACAUAUCUGGAUUGUCUGUUACAAAUGUGAAAUAUUUUAAACUUGCAAUAUGUAAUAAUAUCUGUUAAUAAAGUUUGUGAUUUUUAUAUGAAAUAUAUGAAAUUAAAUGCAAAAUAAAAACUGGUUGAUGAUGAGACUGGUGCACGC